GGAGGCCCUAAAGGAAGAGAAUGACUCUCUGCGCUGUCAGCUGGAUGCCUACAGGAACGAGGUGGAGCUGCUGAAGCAGGAGCAGGGCAAGAACCAAGAACACACACCUCCACAACACAGUGAAGAGGACACCAUCAGGCAGCAACAACUAACCUUUCUACAACAGGCACUACAGGGAAUGCAGAAGGUACUACUUCUACCACACAUACACAGUGGAGUUAACUUCUUGCAGCAGGUCCUACUUUGGAUUUCUUUUAAGCAAUUUCACAGGAAUCUUUAACUUCCUGGUUCCAUACAGAUAUUAAACCCCUGCAGAUUCUGGCUGGUGAGACUCAUAAUCCAUUGGUUUGGCUUCUUGGGGUGACUAGUCGUUUUGUGGAAAAGGGACUUUUAAUAGAGGUGGAUAGAGAACUGCCCUCCCAAUCACACACACACACAUACGCACGCACGCACACACACACACACACACAACACUGAGAAAGAGGGAGAGUGAGGGACAGGGCGAGAGAGAGGGACAGGGAGAUAGAGAGGGAUAGGGAGAGAGAGAUGCAAGGUGAAAACGAGAGCAGCAGAGGGGUGCACUCUGAGAGUACGAUGGAUAGAGACGGUCAUGCUCAUAUGAAUAGACAGAUGGUAAUUACUUUUCUAACAAACAAGUUUGAACAUUUCCAUGAAAAUAUUAAAUGAAUGGAUUAAAAGACACAAAUCAGAUGCUUCUUAUUGCUCUGUGCUAAAUUGCGGGCUCUGGCGUAUUACCAUAAAAUGUUGUCAGCAGGUGACUUGAGUCUGCCCAGGUUCUGCGAAUUUCUUCCACUUGUGAGUCAUGUAAUAAUACGUGCGUAUUUCAGCCUAAACCCAACUGAGACUGUGAUGUUUUUUUUAUAAGAUUAAAUGGAUAAGGAGAAAGGACUUUUCAGCUUCUACAUGGUUCUGACCUGGAGAAGCAGAGACACUACAUAGAGAAGCUAUGAGCUAAAAGUUCCUUACUCAAUGGUAAAUCCUGAAACAUAAGGAGGAUUAGCACCGCUGGCUAACUUGGUUUCCUCUAUGGAGCUGAUGCAUAAAGGGUUAAUUACUAGCAAGCGCCAUAUGCCUAUUGUAAGCAAGCAUCUGUGGCUAUAACUGUGUCUUCUUUGUCUUAAGGGUUAGGUAGCAUUUAUGGUUAUCUGUGUUAUUUACAAAGCAUGCUCAUCUGUUUUUUUGUGUUUUGUUGGUGUAAUUUUAGCAGGCCAAAAAUAUUUUGGCUGGUAAAAAAUCUGAUUUUUUUAAAUCUACCUGCCACAGUGGCUGGUGGACAAAAUAAUUAAUUGUAUACCCUGCCUCUCUCUGUAGCAGACGCUUAAGGGUUAGUUAGCAUCUGUGGCUAACUGCCAUGUCUGUGGCAGAACCUAAGCGUUAGUUAGCAUUUGGGGCUAUCUGUCUUCUCUCUAAAGAUUUGUUAAAAUCUGUAGUUUCCUCCCGAGUGGCGCAGCGGUCUAAGGCACUGCAUCGCAGUCACUACAGACCCGGUUUCGAUCACAGGCUGUGUCGCAGCAAUUGGCCCAGCGUCAUCCGGGUUAGGGGAGGGUUUGGCCGACUGUAACUACCAAUUGGAUAUCACGAAAUUGGUGAGAAAAAGGGGUAAAAAGUAGUAUUUAACUUAGCCUCUGUAUCAGAAGCUUCAAAGGAUACAGUUGCACAGUUGCUAAUUAGCAUUAGCAUAAUGACUGGAAGUCUGCUAACAGAUACCAUAGACUUUCAGUCAUUGUGCUAAUGCUAGUUAAACAUUGGCUUGUGAAACUACCUCUAACUUUUUUCAUUCUUGUCAUAAAAAUGGUAUCCACGAGUUCAUCUGACUCUGGGGAAGUAGAUAAAGGGCCUCAUUGCCAAUAUCCUGAAGUAUCCCUUUAAAGGUUAGUUAGCAUAUGUGGCUCAAAGUAUGUCCUCUGUGUUUGCAGCAACUGCUGAAGAUGUGUGAAGAAAUGAAACAGAGGGAGGCGGAGCUGGAGAAGAGUGUGGAGGACAAACAGCAGCUUGAGAGCCAAGUACAGAGUCUCAAGGAAGGACUGGAGAGUCUGAAGAAAACACGCACACCACAGGUCAGUAACACAGACACACAACACACACACCACAGGUCAGUCACACACACACACACACCACAGGUCAGUAACACAGACACACAACACACACACCACAGGUCAGUAACACAGACACACAACACACACACCACAGGUCAGUAACACAGACACACAACACACACACCACAGGUCAGUAACACAGACACACAACACAUGCCCUUCACAGGCCCUAACACACACUGUCAUAGUGCAAGCUUUAAAGAACACUUGACAGUUUGGCUCAUUUGAAAGGCGCCUGUGGUUUGAAAUGGAAUUACCAUAUGGUAGACUUGAAUUACAAUUUAUUUUGUUUCAUUCCACAAUGGUAUUACAUUUCUUCAAUAUCUUAACUCACAGUGGUAAAGAAGUGUCCCCACUAGACAUUGAUUUCAAACAGUUAAUUUAGAAUUCCAUAGAGAGAGGGGUCGAAUAGAAUGAUGUAUAUAGAGAGAGACGGGUCAUUUUAGUAGUAUGCCAUACAGAGCAUUCGGAAAGUAUUCAGACAAGGGGUCUGAAUACUUUCCGAAUGCACUGUAUAUAGAGAAAGACUGCUCAAUCAUCUUUACAUCAAACUAGCCUCUUCAAACUAUCUACUAGAUUCACCACCACUUUCUGACUAACUUCUUUACACUAAACCAGCCUCUGUAAACUGAAACAGCAUACUACAUUUACCAAGUAUCACAAUACUGUUUAUGGCGCUGUGCCACUGCACAGGCUAAAACAUCUUCAUACUAGCCAUAUAAAGAGAACUGCCAAAAUAAAGGAAACACUUGAGUAAAUGAGGGAUACGAAGUAUAUUGAAAGCAGGUGCUUCCACACAGGUGUGGUUUUCUGAGUUAAUUAAGCAAUUAACAUCCCAUCAUGCUUAGGAAGAUGUAUAAAAAAAAGUGUGUGUGUGUCACCAGAUCUCAACCCAAUUGAACACUUAUGGGAGAUUCUGGAGGAGCCCCUGAGAUGGUGUUUUCCACCACCAUCAACAAAACCCCAAAUGAUGGAAUUUCUCGUGGAAGAUUGGUGUCACAUCCCUCCAAUAGAGUUCCAGACACUUGUAGAAUCUGGAUAAGAGCGUCUGCUAAAUGACUUAAAUGUAAAUGUAAACUAAGGCGCAUUGAAGCUGUUCUGGCGGCCCGUGGUGGGACAAUGCCCUAUUAAGACACUUUAUGUUGGUGUUUCCUUUAUUUUGGCAGUUACCUGUAUAUAGAUAGCCUACGCGCUUGAAGGUGCACUUUACAUUAGUUGUAUAUCUUUAGCAGCUAAAAUCUAUAUUGUCCCCUAUAGAGCUGUAAUCAGGGCAUAAAAUUAACUUUUUGGUCCACCAGCCACUGUGGCAGGUAGAUUAAAAAAUAUUUUUUGCAAUUCAUUUAGCAGCUAUUAAUCAAAACCGCUACUGCAGCAUUUAUAUUACUAUAAAUGUGAUAAUACUUGACUAUUUUUAUUCACAAAUGCGAGUGAAAUGCUCGCACUGUGGAGCCCUGACCACCCACCAACUUGGCUGGUGAAAUAUACAUCUUAUCCACCAAUGCCACAAUCUACCCGUGUGUGUUAAUGUUAGGCCCUGGCUGUAAUAAAGCCAGUGUUAAUGCUUGUGUUGCUCAUGGGAUAACGUUGGCUGAGCAGGAUUCCAGAGGGAGGGUUGACAAGAGCAUGAGCUUCCUGUUCAAUCAGCUAUUUAGUCAGAUAAAGAGAAUACUGAUAUGAGAGUCAAAUGGUGCGUGCUCCAUAUUUGAUUGCAUGUUUUCCGAUCUAGACAAAUGUUCUCUUCUCUGCCUCCCGUCGGCGCUUGGCUAGUUGUUUCAUUGACUUUGGUGAAUUAGUCAUUCUAGACCUGGUGGCUGGGUAAUAUAUAUUAAUUAAAAUCAUAGAAAGUGACAGAGUUGUCAAUAUCUGGUUUAAUGGUGAUGCCAUAGAUUAGAAUGCCACUAGGUGAUCCAUGGGAAAUAUAUAGAGAUGAUCCCCUUCCAGUGAUCCAUGGGUAAUAUGGUAAUUAAAGCAUGUUUACACACAGAGAUGAACCCCUUCCAGUGAUUCAUGGGUAAUAUGGUAAUUAAAGCAUGCAUACAUGCAUACAUUAACCCCUUCCAAUGAUCCAUGGGUAAUAUGGUAAUUAAAGCAUGUAUACACACAGAGAUGGCUCACUGGAGACUCAUUAACAGAAGAUAGAAGUCUAUUUGAGGAAGGCGUUACUCUCUAGAUUUGUGGCCAUUGUGGAAUGAUAGUGUGUGUUGCCAACUUGUUAACCCCAGAGCCCAAUUCACUGUCCAAGUUGUCACCAAGCAUUAUGUAUUCUAGCUUUUUCGGUUACUGUACCACCAACUGAAUUUUGCUCUGCCCGGAGUACCCCUGGAGUACCCCCUCAUGAGCAUUUUACCAGUAAGCCUAUGGUCUCAUGAGUCUUCUCAAGUACCCCCUGUGGAUAGGCCAAGUACCCCUAGGACCCCUGGUUGGGAACCACUGUUCUAGAGCAGGUCGUUCUAUUAACAGGCAAUCUCAUCACCAGAAGAACACACACUAUUCUCUGUGUCCCUUCAUCUAGAACCACUGAAUCGGGCUUCAUUACAUUGACAUUUACGUCAUUUAGCAGACGCUCUUAUCCAGAGCGACUUACAAUCUAGGACCACUGAAUCAGGCUUCAUCUAGGACCACUGAAUGAGGCUUCAUCUAGGACCACUGAAUCAGGCUGUCUUAACCAUUUUAAUAGAAAACGGAGAUAGACACCACUCACUGUGUGAAUACCAGUCGUGAACAGAAGACAUUUUGACAUCCAAUUAUGUUUGGUUCUUACUCAUGGAAAGAACACAGAUUAAUAUGUACUGUAUGUCUCUGCUCUAUCUAAUCUGAUCUGAUUCUAUAUCUUUUUGCACAAUACAACAUACCCCCUCAGACUAUUCAGGGAUUGUAUAUGUGAUGUUGACCUCUCCCUUACAGUUUUUUAUAGUGGUCUUGCCUGAGGAGAAAGUGUGUCUGUAUGUUUGCAUGAGUGUGUGACAUGUUUGUCAGUGACGGCUUUUCUCAUUUUUAUGAUUGACUCUAGCUGGAGACAUCACCGCGAGAUGACAGAGGGAGCGAGGAGAGUGCUGAUCAAGUCAAUGUAAGUGGAAAAUAGAUUUGACCCUCUCCAUCCCUCUCUCUCCCCCUCUGUUCCCCAUCUCCCUUUCUCUGUUCCUCACUUUCUCUCAUCUCCCAGAUACAUGACAGAUCACCUAGUCGGCUCAGAGAUUCGAACCAGCAACCUUCCGGUUACUGGCCCAAUGCUCUUAACCGCUAGGCUACUUGCCGCCCCACACGCAUGUGUGUUUAAAUAAGAAUGUGAAUAUUAGACAGUGACGGCUUUUCUCAUUUUUAUGAUUGACUCUAGCUGGAGACAUCACCGCGAGAUGACAGAGGGAGCGAGGAGAGUGCUGAUCAAGUCAAUGUAAGUGGAAAAUAGAUAUGACCCUCUCCAUCCCUCUCUCUCCCCCUCUAUUCCCUGUCUCUGUUUCUCUGUUCCUCACUUUCUCUCCUCUUCCAGUGACAUGACAGAUCAUUACAGACCAAUCCAGUGCAGGAUGACUUUAUUUGUCGCAGGAUAAAUCAACCCGACACAACUGGAUUAGGAAAUCAAGCAGUGCCCACACACACUCUCUCACACCACACACCUCAGUCACACAGACACAAACACACAUACCUGACCCUCCCUCCUCCAGCCUGUCAGAAGCCCACAGCAAACAACAGCUUCAUCAUUAGCAUCGCUAACACUCUCUCUCACUCUUCUCUGGUAGAACUAUUGCUGUGGUCUCCACUCUGAAAUAUCUCCUGCCUUUGUCUCCCCUCUCUUCUUCCAUCUGUCUGAUAUCAAAGUGGUGCGUUAUCGGGGCUGCUAUGCACUGAUUGCUUGUGUGUGUGGGCAGGCGGGCGUCAUCUACCAGUCUAAGUGUUUUCUCCUCUUGUCCUGUAGGAGGCGACAGCGUUAGAAGUGGUUUCCUGCAGUCAGGAGAAGGAGAGUCUGCCCCCAGAGAAGAUUCCCUCCAGUCCUGUUUACUCUGAGAGAGAGGCCUUGCUAGUUGGUACGUUCACUUAAAAUUACUAUAACCUAACUUCCAACAUUAUUUUAAUGUUAUAUUAACCUAACUAUAGAGGAGAAGAUCCAGUCCAGUCCACUCUGAGAGAGAGAGAGGCCCAGCUAGUCGGUACAUUCACCUAACAUGACUAUAACGUUACUAGGCCUAUAACAUUAGUAUAACGUUAUGUUACCCUAACAUUAGUAUACAGGAGAAGAUUCCCCCAAGUCUUGUCAACUCUGAGGGAGAAGCCCUGCUUGUUGUUACGUUCAGACAUUACUGUAACAUUACUACAACCUUACAACAACAUUCGUACCUACAGAGGAGAACCUUCCCCUAGCGCUGUCCACUCUGGCAGAGAGGCUCUGCUUGUUGGUACAUUUUUUGCUAAUUAAACAGGUUAUUUUUAGAGAAACUUUCAUCAUCCUCAAUCAUCAAGCAGGUUAUUUGUGGAAAGUCUGGUUUUCCUCCCCAGUUUAUUACCAGUUCUCUGGGCUGGUUCACACGUUUUAAUUGGCUGGUUGACUGAGGCCUUCAGCACCUCUACUGUUUCUAAUCACCACAGCCUUCUGGCACAUUCUCCAUUUCAGUGGAGGGUACUUUACACAGGGAAUGGUUGGUCCUGGAUCAAAUAGAUUUUAUGAAAGUGAUGUCUUGUGGAGUUACAAGGGAAAGGAAUUGUGGAGUUACAUUUAGGCCUAUGCCAGAUGGCAGGAUACACACUACUGUCUGUUAGUGGGAGUUACGUGUCCUGUCCCACGGUGGUGUCAUGCCAGAAUGAUCAUAGGAUUGGCUCAGAGGUAGUUAUGUAGCCAAUGGGGCGCUCCGCUCCCUCCCUCCAUGCCGGCCCACUCUGACUGCUCAGCAUAGACGGCUGCUGAGGAUUCUGGGUCGUUCUCUCUGUCAAAAUCACUUUACAUGACGUUAUGUCUGAAGAUGAAUUGAAGGGAGCACCACAGGGAAAAAGGGACAUUGGCUACAAAGUGAACUCAUUAAGAAAGUAAGGUCUGCAUCCUACAUUUACAUUUUAGUAAUUUAGCAGACACUCUUAUCCAGAGCGACUUACAGUUUAGUGAGUGCAUACAUUUUCAUACUGGCCCCCAUGUGGGAAACGAACCCACAACCCUGGCGUUGCAAGCGCCAUGCUCUACCAACUGAGCUACACGGGGCCACGUGUCUUCAACUGCUUUAUCCCCCUCUAGAGCAGGGAUUCCAACCUAGGGGUCACAAUAUGUAUAAACCAAUCUAUAACGAUGCUUAAUGCUAGAAACAAGCAGUAAAAUGCCUGAGGAAGACGCGACUCUGAUGCAUAUGGGGAUAUAAAUUGGACUUUGCUUUUUCCUCCAGUGUCUCAUCUGGUUUAUCAGUGUGUGUGUGUGUGUGUGUGUGUUUUCUGAGCUGGCUCCUCAGUGGACUAUAAGAUGUUAUUACACAAGGGUUCAGGAUUAUAAGUAGUGGAUGAUCUGAUCAAUGAGUUGAUAGCAGAUGGUAUUGUUGGAAUUCAUGCUGGUGGUGUGUGCGCACAUGCAUGUGAAGCCCCAUGGUGCUCUGAUCAGAGAAGCUUUCAUGUAGAAAGCACAUGCAUGUGAAGCCCCAUGGUGCUCUGAUCAGAGAAGCUUUCAUGUAGAAAGCACAUGCAUGUGAAGCCCCAUGGUGCUCUGAUCAGAGAAGCUUUCAUGUAGAAAGCACAUGCAUGUGAAGCCCCAUGGUGCUCUGAUCAGAGAAGCUUUCAUGUAGAAAGCACAUGCAUGUGAAGCCCCAUGGUGCUCUGAUCAGAGAAGCUUUAAUGUAGAAAGCACAUGCAUGUGAAGCCCCAUGGUGCUCUGAUCAGAGAAGCUUUAAUGUAGAAAGCACAUGCAUGUGAAGCCCCAUGGUGCUCUGAUCAGAGAAGCUUUCAUGUAGAAAGCACAUGCAUGUGAAGCCCCAUGGUGCUCUGAUCAGAGAAGCUUUAAUGUAGAAAGCACAUGCAUGUGAAGCCCCAUGGUGCUCUGAUCAGAGAAGCUUUAAUGUAGAAAGAAGCGUCAAAGUCCUCAUUAAACACUUCUCUUAAUCUGGACGGUUCAAACACAAGAGUCUUCCACAGAGCUGGGAGUGCUUUGGGGAAGACGGACACACUUGAAGUCCAGACACAUUUAAUCAGUCAGACAACAUGAGUUGACUAGUGGUCUGUUGAAUGUGAGGUUCUCAUUGGCUUUCAUUUUGAUCAGAUGGGUAAAUCAACAGUCAGACGGAAUUUAGGUGUUUGUACAUAUGAUUGUAGGGUUGUAGUUAUAGAGUAUUAAACUACAUGUUAAUAUGGUAUGCCAGUUUGAUUGACAGCUGUAUUGAUGUCCCUGUUUGUCCUUCCUCAGGGAUCAUCUCUACGUUCCUCCAUGUCCACCCGUUUGGAGCCAGCAUCGAGUACAUCUGCUCUUAUCUACAGCAGCUGGACUCCAAGGUACUGCUGGCACACUGUAACAGCUUUGACUUGAGGUUAUUAUUUGUUAGGGUUGCCAGGUAGGUCGUGCCUACCAGAGAAAAUAUUGAUUUCUCCUUUUUGUUUGUGAGGGAAUUAAUCCGGUCUGGUCUGUCAAGUCUACACCAAUACAAAAGACUCAUGUAAAAGUCAGUAUAGAAAUACACUUUAAAAGAUUGGAAAUAACUUCAAAAUGUUAUUUUGCGUUGGUUGUAUUACCAAAAUAAAUGAUCACACACAUAACGUCACAACACAAUGAUCUCUGGUUCCUCAAGUCCUGUACCUCGGGCCUAAAAAGGGUCCAGCUCAGUAAAUGAGUUCAAGUGACCUUAGUCACGCAAUGUUUGUCCGUUUUUUUUUUAUUUUUAAAUUGUACCUUUAUUUAACUAGGCAAGUCAGUUAAGAACAAAUUCUUAUUUACAAUGACGGCCUACACCGGCCAAACCCGGACGAUACUGGGCCAAUUGUGCGCCGCCCUAUGGGACUCCCAAUCACGGCCGGUUGUGAUACAGCCUGGAAUCGAAUCAGGGGGUCUGUAGUGACGCCUCAAGCACUGAGAUGCAGUGCCUUAGACCGCUGCGCCACUCGGGAGUUCAUAAAGUGUAGCUUAACCCAAGUCUCAAUCAUACAAUUAAAAUCUCUAACUCUUUUACCCCACAACAAUAUCAGAACUCCCAGUAGUCUUCACCAACAACUGAACAUAUAACCUAACACGGUGUAAAUCACGCUAAAACAAAUGAAAUUCCAGUUGGAAAAAGUUGUAGUCAGGCAGUCAGUCAAUCCAAUCCAUCAACAGAUCUCCAGCUGAGAGGUCACAGAGAACAGCGGAGACCAACUGAGAUGUGUUGUCCAAAGGAAGAAAUUAGUGGAUCUGGUCCUGGUUAAUCUUGAGACACGGCUACAAAGCACACAAUACAACAAAACAAACGGAGUAAAGGAGCUUCGGAAACGAGGGUUCAACACUUCCUCAUUCGCAACACCGUCGCAACCCUUUUUUUGCGCAGCUGAUGCUGGUGCAGGCAGCUUCCCCCUAAUGCAAUUUGAAUCAUCCCCUUGUGACAGCAGAGCCCCAUCGUGCAGCAAGGGUUUCCUCAUGCAGCCAGGUCCUUCACAUCUAAUUUGAUCCCACUGGUGCAGGCAGGGCCCUCAUGAUGCUGAGGCUCAGGUUAGAGUUGGGGUUAAUGAAAAGACAAGCCCCACUCCCUCCACUCGGUGUAGCUACCAUAGACAUGAAUAAAGGAUAUCUCUCUGUAUCUCCCAUAGCUACAGUACUAUAUACAUGAAUAAGGAUAUCUCUCUGUAUCUCCCAUAGCUACAGUACUAUAGACAUGAAUAUAGGAUAUCUCUCUGUAUCUCCCAUAGCUACAGUACUAUAGACAUGAAUAUAGGAUAUCUCUCUGUAUCUCCCAUAGCUACAGUACUAUAGACAUGAAUAUAGGAUAUCUCUCUGUAUCUCCCAUAGCAACAUUACUAUAGACAUGAAUAUAGGAUAUCUCUCUGUAUCUCCCAUAGCUACAGUACUAUAGACAUGAAUAUAGGAUAUCUCUCUGUAUCUCCCAUAGCUACAGUACUAUAGACAUGAAUAUAGGAUAUCUCUCUGUAUCUCCCAUAGCUACAGUACUAUUGACAUGAAUAUAGGAUAUCUCUCUGUAUCUCCCAUAGCUACAGUACUAUUGACAUGAAUAUAGGAUAUCUCUCUGUAUCUCCCAUAGCUACAGUACUAUAGACAUGAAUAUAGGAUAUCUCUCUGUAUCUCCCAGUGCUACAGUACUAUUGACAUGAAUAUAGGAUAUCUCUCUGUAUCUCCCAUAGCUACAGUACUAUUGACAUGAAUAUAGGAUAUCUCUCUGUAUCUCCCAGUGCUACAGUACUAUAGAUAUGAAUAUAGGAUAUCUCUCUGUAUCUCCCAUAGCUACAGUACUAUAGAUAUGAAUAUAGGAUAUCUCUCUGUAUCUCCCAUAGCAACAUUACUAUAGACAUGAAUAUAGGAUAUCUCUCUGUAUCUCCCAUAGCUAUAGUACUAUAGACAUGAAUAUAGGAUAUCUCUCUGUAUCUCCCAUAGCUAUAGUACUAUAGACAUGAAUAUAGGAUAUCUCUCUGUAUCUCCCAUAGCUACAAUACUAUAGACAUGCAUAAGGAUAUCUCUGUAUCUCCCAUAGCUACAGUACUAUAGACAUGAAUAUAGGAUAUCUCUCUGUAUCUCCCAUAGCUACAGUACUAUAGACAUGAAUAUAGGAUAUCUCUCUGUAUCUCCCAUAGCUACAGUACUAUAGACAUGAAUAAGGAUAUCUCUGUAUCUCCCAGUGCUCUUGAGGAAGUGUCUGAGUGUGAUAUCCCUGGACACUGAGACCUGUUACAUCUGGUUCCUUCCUGUCUCUCCCUGACGGAGCAGAGCGGUUUAAUUUAUUCUGACACUUCGCUAUAACACCCGUCUCCUCAGGGGCCUUUCUGGGUUCUCAGCUCUCCUCUGCUCUCGACUGUCAGAUUGAUUCUGUUCUUUUCUCUCAUCCACAUAUGACCACUACGCUCACUGCCACCUCCGCAAGGAGGCCUUCAGAUAUACUAUAUGGCCACUCUCACUGCCACCUCCGCAAGGAGGCCUUCAGAUAUACUAUAUGGCCACGCUCACUGCCACCUCCGCAAGGAGGCCUUCAGAUAUACUAUAUGGCCACGCUCACUGCCACCUCCGCAAGGAGGCCUUCAGAUAUACUAUAUGGCCACUCUCACUGCCACCUCUGCAAGGAGGCCUUCAGAUAUACUAUAUGGCCACUCUCACUGCCACCUCCGCAAGGAGGCCUUCAGAUAUAAUAUAUGGCCACUCUCACUGCCACCUCCGCAAGGAGGCCUUCAGAUAUACUAUAUGGCCACUCUCACUGCCACCUCCGCAAGGAGGCCUUCAGAUAUACUAUAUGGCCACUCUCACUGCCACCUCCGCAAGGAGGCCUUCAGAUAUACUAUAUGGCCACUCUCACUGCCGACUUCCGCAAGGAGGCCUUCAGAUAUACUAUAUGGCCACUCUCACUGCCACCUCCGCAAGGAGGCCUUCAGAUAUACUAUAUGGCCACUCUCACUGCCACCUCCGCAAGGAGGCCUUCAGAUAUACUAUAUGGCCACUCUCACUGCCACCUCCGCAAGGAGGCCUUCAGAUAUACUAUAUGGCCACUCUCACUGCCACCUCCGCAAGGAGGCCUUCAGAUAUACUAUAUGGCCACUCUCACUGCCACCUCCGCAAGGAGGCCUUCAGAUAUACUAUAUGGCCACUCUCACUGCCACCUCCGCAAGGAGGCCUUCAGAUAUACUAUAUGGCCACUCUCACUGCCACCUCCGCAAGGAGGCCUUCAGAUAUACUAUAUGGCCACUCUCACUGCCACCUCCGCAAGGAGGCCUUCAGAUAUACUAUAUGGCCACUCUCACUGCCACCUCCGCAAGGAGGCCUUCAGAUAUACUAUAUGGCCACUCUCACUGCCACCUCCGCAAGGAGGCCUUCAGAUAUACUAUAUGGCCACUCUCACUGCCACCUCCGCAAGGAGGCCUUCAGAUAUACUAUAUGGCCACUCUCACUGCCACCUCCGCAAGGAGGCCUUCAGAUAUACUAUAUGGCCACUCUCACUGCCACCUCUGCAAGGAGGCCUUCAGAUAUACUAUAUGGCCACUCUCACUGCCACCUCCGCAAGGAGGCCUUCAGAUAUACUAUAUGGCCACUCUCACUGCCACCUCUGCAAGGAGACCUUCAGAUAUACUAUAUGGCCACUCUCACUGCCACCUCCGCAAGGAGGCCUUCAGAUAUACUAUAUGGCCACUCUCACUGCCACCUCUGCAAGGAGACCUUCAGAUAUACUAUAUGGCCACUCUCACUGCCACCUCUGCAAGGAGGCCUUCAGAUAUACUAUAUGGCCACUCUCACUGCCACCUCCGCAAGGAGGCCUUCAGAUAUACUAUAUGGCCACUCUCACUGCCACCUCCGCAAGGAGGCCUUCAGAUAUACUAUAUGGCCCCUCUCACCUCCGCAAGGAGGCCUUCAGAUAUACUAUAUGGCCACUCUCACUGCCACCUCCGCAAGUAGGCCUUCAGAUAUACUAUAUGGCCACUCUCACUGCCACCUCCGCAAGGAGGCCUUCAGAUAUACUAUAUGGCCACUCUCACUGCCACCUCCGCAAGGAGGCCUUCAGAUAUACUAUAUGGCCCCUCUCACCUCCGCAAGGAGGCCUUCAGAUAUACUAUAUGGCCACUCUCACUGCCACCUCCGCAAGGAGGCCUUCAGAUAUACUAUAUGGCCCCUCUCACCUCCGCAAGGAGGCCUUCAGAUAUACUAUAUGGCCCCUCUCACCUCCGCAAGGAGGCCUUCAGAUAUACUAUAUGGCCACUCUCACUGCCACCUCUGCAAGGAGGCCUUCAGAUAUACUAUAUGGCCACUCUCACUGCCACCUCUGCAAGGAGGCCUUCAGAUAUACUAUAUGGCCACUCUCACUGCCACCUCCGCAAGGAGGCCUUCAGAUAUACUAUAUGGCCACUCUCACUGCCACCUCCGCAAGGAGGCCUUCAGAUAUACUAUAUGGCCCCUCUCACCUCCGCAAGGAGGCCUUCAGAUAUACUAUAUGGCCACUCUCACUGCCACCUCCGCAAGGAGGCCUUCAGAUAUACUAUAUGGCCACUCUCACUGCCACCUCCGCAAGGAGGCCUUCAGAUAUACUAUAUGGCCACUCUCACUGCCACCUCCAUGAUGAGGCCCUCAGACAUGACUCCUCUGACUGCCACCUCCAUGAGGAGGAGGCCCUCUUACAGUGAGGGAAAAAAGUAUUUGAUCCCCUGCUGAUUUUGUUUUCCCACUGACAAAGAAAUGAUCAGUCUAUAAUUUUAAUGGUAGGUUUAUUUGAACAGUGAGAGACAGAAUAACAACAAAAAAAUCCAAAAAAACGCAUGUCAAAAAUGUUAUAAAUUGAUUUGCAUUUUAAUGAGGGAAAUAAGUAUUUGACCCCCUCUCAGUCCGAAAGUUUUCUGGCUCCCAGGUGUAUUUUAUACAGGUAACGAGCUGAGAUUAGGAGCACACUCUUAAAGGGAGUGCUCCUAAUCUCAGCUUGUUACCUGUAUAAAAGACACCUGUCCACAGAAGCAAUCAAUCAAUCAGAUUCCAAACUCCACCAUGGCCAAGACCAUAGAGCUCUCCAAGGAUUUCAGGGACAAGAUUGUAGACCUACACAAGGCUGGAAUGGGCUACAAGACCAUCGCCAAGCAGCUUGGUGAGAAGGUGACAACAGUUGGUGCGAUUAUUCGCAAAUGGAAGAAACACAAAAUAACUGUCAAUCUCCCUCGGCCUGGGGCUCCAUGCAAGAUCUCACCUCGUGGAGUUCCAGUGAUCAUGAGAACUGUGAGGAAUCAGCCCAGAACUACACGGGAUGAUCUUGUCAAUGAUCUCAAGGCAGCUGGGACCAUAGUCACCAAGAAAACAAUUGGUAACACACUACGCCGUGAAGGACUGAAAUCCUGCAGCGCCCGCAAGGUCCCCCUGCUCAAGAAAGCACAUAUACAGGCCCGUCUGAAGCUUGCCAAUGAACAUCUGAAUGAUUCAGAGGAGAACUGGGUGAAAGUGUUGUGGUCAGAUGAGACCAAAAUGGAGCUCUUUGGCGUCAACUCAACUCGCCGUGUUUGGAGGAGGAGGAAUGCUGCCUAUGACCCCAAGAACACCAUCCCCACCGUCAAACAUGGAGAUGGAAACAUUAUGCUUUGGGGGUGUUUUUCUGCUAAGGGGACAGGACAACUUCACCGCAUCAAAGGGACGAUGGACAGUGCCAUGUACUGUCAAAUCUUGGGUGAGAACCUCCUUCCCUCUGCCAGGGCAUUGAAAAUGGGUUGUGGAUGGGUUUUCCAGCAUGACAAUGACCCAAAACACAUGGCCAAGGCAACAAAGGAGUGGCUCAAGAAGAAGCACAUUAAGGUCCUGGAGUGGCCUAGCCAGUCUCCAGACCUUAAUCCCAUAGAAAAUCUGUGGAAGGAGCUGAAGGUUCGAGUUGCCAAGCGUCAGGCUCGAAACCUUAAUGACUUGGAGAAGAUCUGCAAAGAGGAGUGGGACAAAAUCCCUCCUGAGAUGUGUGCAAACCUGGUGGCCAACUACAAGAAACGUCUGACCUCUGUGAUUGCCAACAAGGGUUUUGCCACCAAGUACUAAGUAAUGUUUUGCAGAGGGGUCAAAUACUUAUUUCCCUCAUUAAAGUGCAAAUCAAUUUAUAACAUUUUUGACAUAUGUUUUUCUGGAUUUUUUUGUUGUUAUUCUGUCUCUCACUGUUCAAACCUACCAUUAAAAUUAUAGACUGAUCAUGUCUUUGUCAGUGGGCAAACGUACAAAAUCAGCAGGGGAUCAAAUACUUUUUUCCCUCACUGUAUAUAUUGUUUGACCACUCUCACCUCCAGCUCAUUAAAACCUCUCUGCACUCAUCAACAAACUGACUCAUUCCUUUUCUCUCUGUUUGGGUUUUCCAUUAAGGUCUGAGGGUGUGUUUGUUCCCACGCUGCCUCUCUGUAACACCACACAACACGUCCACAGAGCUUUGUCAACAGUCCUGGCUGGAUUCUCCACUAACAACAUUACUCUCUACUUAUCUACUGUGUCCAUGAUUCACUACUACAUUGUUAAUGAUGAUACACCAUUGACAUCUUCAUGAUAGUGUUUAAUACAUUCUGACAGGGUUUUACCCAUCUGGUUCUUACAAGUGUUUUUUCUCUGUAUAAAAUGAUAGUGCUUCCUGCUGUCAUUGGUUUGUGUAAUGUCACCUUUUUAAAGUUAUGUUAUAUGCUAAUGUGAUGCUAUUGCGUAUGUAGGUGUGGUUUGUGAUGAGUAUUGUGUUGGUGUUGGCGUUUGUCACUCAGAUCAGUUCUUCUGAGAUGUGGGGCUCUUUGAGUCUGUAGGAGUGUUUAUCAAAUCUGUGUGUUACGUUUGUAUUGUGAUUGUAUCUGUGGGUGUGUGUCAGUGUAUGUAUAAAAUCUGUGUAUUUACAUUAAGUGUGUGUGUGUGUGUGUUUCAGAUAAACACCGGACAGGUGGGGGCUCUACUGGGUCGGCUGCCCUGUACCUUCAGACAGGAGCUGACAGGGGUGGGCGCCAGCCUGGAGAAACGCUGGAAGUUCUGUGGUUUCGAGGGCAUCAAGACCACAUAG